GACAGCAGGCAUCAUGUGGAAGCUGCUCGCUCUUUGUCUGGCGGUGGGCGCUUUGGCUGACACUGGACCAGCCACCUCGCAGAAGAAUGUGUUCUUCAGCCAGAGGCAGCAAUAUCCAGCCCCUGCUCCCCAGCCUGUAGCCGCCCCUGCCCCUGCCCCUCAGCCGAGCUACGCCCCUGCCCCCGCUCCUGCCCCUCAGCCUAGUUAUGCCCCUGCUCCUGCUCCUCAGCCUAGUUAUGCCCCUGCUCCUGCUCCUCAGCCUAGCUACGCUCCCGCCCCUGCUCCUGCCCCUCAGCCUAGCUAUGCCCCUGCUCCUGCUCCUCAGCCUAGUAAUGCCCCAGCUCCUGCUCCCCAGCCUAGCUAUGCCCCUGCUCCUGCUCCUCAGCCUAGCUACGCUCCCGCCCCUGCUCCUGUCUCUCAGCCUAGCUAUGCCCCUGCUCCUGCUCCUCAGCCUAGUAAUGCCCCAGCUCCUGCUCCCCAGCCUAGCUAUGCCCCUGCUCCUGCUCCUCAGCCAAGCUACGCCCCACCUCCUGCUCUUCAGCCAAGCUACGCUCCUGCCCCUGCCCCUGUUCCCCAGCGUAGUUACGCCCCUGUGACUGCUCCUGCUCCUCAGCCCAGUUAUGCCCCAGCUCCUGCUCCUCAGCCUAGUAAUGCCCCAGCUCCUGCUCCCCAGCCUAGCUAUGCCCCUGCUCCUGCUCCUCAGCCCAGCUAUGCCCCUGCUCCUGCUCCUCAGCCUAGUAAUGCCCCAGCUCCUGCUCCCCAGCCUAGCUAUGCCCCUGCUCCUGCUCCCCAGCCUAGCUAUGCCCCUGCUCCUGCUCCUCAGCCCAGUUAUGCCCCAGCUCCUGCUCCCCAGCCUAGCUACGCCUCUGCCCCUCAGCCUAAUUAUGCCCCUGCUCCUCAGCCUAGUUACGCUCCUGCCCCUGCCCCUCAGCCUAGCUACGCCCCUGCCCCCGCUCCCCAGCCUAGUUACGCUCCUGCCUCUACUCCUGCUCCCCAGCCUAGCUACGCCCCUGAUCCUGCUCCUCACCCUAGCUAUGCUCCUGUCCCUGCUCCUCAGCCUAACUACGCUCCCGCACCGGCUGCUGAGGAGCCCGCCAAGUACGACUACCAGUGGGCGGUGAAGGACGACUACGGAAACGACUACGGCCACCAGGAGACUAGGGACGGAAACAAGGUCCAGGGCUCCUUCUACGUCCAGCUGCCGGACUCGCGCAAACAGACAGUCAACUACCGCGUGGACGGCCAGAGCGGCUUCAUCGCCGACGUCCAGUAUGAAGGCGAGGCGCAGUACCCGGAGACCAGCGGGGCGCAGAGCUACAGCGCGGGCCCGGCCAGCGUCGGGGCUUCCAGCGACCAGGCCAGCUACCAGCCGGCACCGCAGCCACAGCAGCAGAGCUAUGAGCCUGCCUCUCAGCCCCAGCAGCAGAGCUAUGAACCUGCCCCUCAGCCCCAGCAGAGCUACCAGCCUGUCCCUCAGCCCCAGCAGCAGAGCUACCAGCCAGCUCCUCAGUCCCAGCAGCAGAGCUAUGAACCGGCCCCUCAGCCCCAGCAGCAGAGCUAUGAACCCGCCCCUCAGCCCCAGCAGCAGAGCUACCAGCCAGCCCCUCAGCCCCAGCAGCAGAGCUACCAGUCUGCCCCUCAGCCCCAGCAGCAGAGCUAUGAACCUGCUCCUCAGCCCCAGCAGCAGAGCUAUGAGCCUGCUUCUGAGCCCCAGCAGCAGAGUUAUAAACCUGCCCCGCAGCCCCAGCAGCAGAGCUAUGAGCCUGCCCCUCAGCCCAAACAGAGCUACCAGCCAGCCCCUCAGCCUCAGCAGAGCUACCAGCCGGCCCCGCAGCCCCAGCAGCAGAGCUAUGAGCCUGCUUCUGAGCCCCAGCAGCAGAGUUAUAAACCUGCCCCUCAGCCCCAGCAGCAGAGCUAUGAACCUGCCCCUCAGCCCCAACAGAGCUACCAGCCAGCCCCUCAGCCUCAGCAGAGCUACCAGCCUGCCCCGCAGCCGCAGCAGCAGAGCUAUGAACCUACCCCUCAGCCCCAGCAGAGCUAUGAACCAGCCCCUCAGUCCCAGCAGCAGAGCUAUGAACCAGCCCCCCAGUCCCAGCAGCAGAGCUAUGAGCCUGCUCCUCAGCCCCAGCAACCGAGCUACCAGCCUGCCCCUCAGCCCCAGCAGGAGAGCUAUGAGCCUGCCCCUCAGCCCCAGCAGCAGAGCUACCAGCCUGCCACCGUUGAUGGCAGUUAUUCAGCGCCAAAGGCAUCUUCUCUCUUGUAACCUAGUGAUGAUCACAUGUGCGCUAUGAUUGAGAAGCACUGGUAGCAUGUGUUUCUGUCAGUCUGUGACUAGGCAUAUGUCUAGGUAUUGAUGAUAUUAUCUUAGUUUUACUUUGUUUUUGUAUUGUCUUGUAUCAUUCUGUGCUGUCAGGCUGAGUCAUACCUAAUAGACUAUAAUUGACUAGGGAUGAAAUAGAAGCUACAUGUUUGUGAUAAAAUGCGGAGGAUAAUACUAUCGAGCUAUAGUGUAGUGAACAGCGACUUACAUAAUAUGUAACAUGUUAUGUGUUUAAAAAGUGUCGUAAUGGGUGCCACCGCAUUGACAAAUGUGCUGCAAAUAUACUUUGAGGUGGAUACUCGAAGUGGA